AUGGUCAAACCACAUAUCUUAGCUUUACCUUUCCCAGCACAAGGCCACGUAAUUCCCUUGAUGGAACUAUCCAAGCGCUUAGUUAAUCAUGGCUUCAAAGUCACAUUCGUAAACACAGAUUAUAAUCACAAAAGGGUCAUGAAUGCAAUGUCAGAAACCAGUCUUGAAGAUGAUCAAAUCCGUCUAGUUUCGAUUCCUGACGGCUUGGAGCCAUGGGAGGACAGAAAUGAUCUAGGAAAAGUAAUGGAAGCGAGUCAAAGUGUCAUGUGUGAGAAGCUGGAAGAGCUCAUAACAAGGAUCAAUGAAUUGGAAGGUGACAAGAUCACUUGCGUUAUUGCUGAUGAGUCCUUUGGUUGGGCUCUAGAAGUGGCUGAGAGAAUGAAAAUCCGGCGAGUCGCCUUCUGGCCUGCAGCGGCUGCGCUAUUGGCCUUGGCGUUUAGUGCCCCUGAAUUGAUUAACAAUGGAGUUAUUGACAACAAUGGAGUUCCACAGAAAAGCCAGAUGAUUGAGUUGGCACCAGAAAUUCCCGCCAUCAAAACAGAGAACUUGGUGUGGGUAUGCAUUGGUGACACAACCACACAGAGAAUCAUAUUCCAAGCCAUAUGUAGAAACAACCAAUCAGUGAAGUUGGCAGACUGGAUUCUUUGCAACUCAUCAAACGACCUUGAGCCAUCAGCAUUCACCUUGGCUCCAGAGAUUCUACCGAUCGGCCCGAUGUUGGCAAGCAAUCGACUCGUCAAUUCGGCAGGCAACUUCUGGGAAGAAGACACAACUUGCUUGGAGUGGCUAGACCAACAACCACCUUCCUCAGUCAUCUACAUUGCAUUUGGAAGCUUCACAGUUUUUGACAAGAACCAAUUCCAUGAAUUAGCUCUUGGGCUUGAACUUUCCAAGAGGCCUUUUCUCUGGGUUGUGAGGGAUGAUAUUGGAGACUAUAGUACAACUCAUGCAUACCCAGAAGGGUUUCUUGAGAGAAUUGGAUCUCAUGGAAGGAUUGUGAGUUGGGCUCCUCAGCAAAAGGUUCUGGGCCAUCCUUCCGUUGCUUGCUUCUUAAGUCACUGUGGUUGGAACUCAACCAUUGAAGGUGUCAGCAAUGGGGUUCCUUUCUUGUGCUGGCCUUACUUUGCUGACCAGUUCCUCAAUGAAAGCUAUGUUUGUGAUGUUUGGAAGGUGGGAUUGAGGUUUAGCAGAAAUGAAAGUGGGAUCAUAGAGAGAAAAGAGAUAAAGAGCAAGGUGGACCAACUUCUUGAUGAUGAAAUGUUUAAGGGAAGGGCUUUGAAACUCAAGGAAUUGGCUAUGAAAAGUGUCAUGAAAGGCGGUCAAUCAGAUAUUAUGUUUAAGAAUUUUGUUGAGUGGGUUAAAUCUUAG